AUGAUAACAUUGUUUGAAUUUGUAGCGUUGACUGUAGUGGUUAUACUGUUGCCAUUGUUGACAGACUUGUUGAAUGGACUGUUUCCAAACGCGAGAAUUGGUAGAAUAGCACAAAAGUUGGUUGGUCAUGUCUUGGUGACGUUCAUCACAGCAUUGAUCCUGGUGGCUCUCUAUCUAUGGUACUCAACAUACUUCCCCUACUUCCUGGACACCUACCGACUCGACCACACCUCUCCCCACUUCCACCUACACUGCAUCAUCACCUUCAUACUCAUUGCCAACGUGCUCAUCUACUACCUCUAUGCCAUCAACACAUCAUCAUACAUCAAGCAACAUCCUAUUCAAUCUCAAGACGACGACUCUGUCGUCGCCACCACCACCACUCACACAUCGGCUACUGCUGCGACUGACGCCACACAACAACCACAAUGCAAGCAAUGUGGCGCGAUGAAACGAAGCGAACAGAAGUCAUAUCAUUGCAGGAUAUGUAAGAGAUGCACUCAUCAUAUGGACCAUCAUUGCCCAUUCAUAGCCAACUGCGUUGGUACACGUAAUCAUUGUCACUUUGUCAACUUCCUCAUGUAUACUACACUGGGCGUGUUCUACGCGAUGUACUUAUCAUGGCUACCAUAUCGCGACUGUAUACUAAUGUCGAGUACUUCGGCCACAUGUCAACACCUGUCCAAGCACAGCUACAUAUUCUUGUGCACAGUGUUGUUGUUGGCACCCAUCGCUGCGAUUCUCACAUGGCAGUUCUACGUCAUUGUGACCGACACUAUGACCGUUGAGAUACUCAAACGAUUCAAAGGACUGCGCUUCACUCAAUGGAUACCAUACCUGUGGCACAACUUCCAAAAGCGACGCUCAAUGGCCAACAUUUCCAGGGUGUUCCCAGGGUGGCGAUUAUACAACAUUGUAGUACCAUUUAUUUAA